AGGAGGAAGAGGAGGAGGAGGAGGAGGAAGAGGAAGAGGCGCUGCCCGGCGGGUCAGGGCGGGGAAGUCGCCGCCCGAAGAUGGCGGCCGCGGCGGGGCCACACGCCGGGGCUGCGGCGGAGGCGCGGUUCAUCAGCAGCGCCAAGGGAAAGGGCUUGUUCGCCACCAGAAACAUCCGCAAAGGGGAAACAGUCUUCGUGGAGAGGCCGGUGGUGUCAUCCCAGUUCCUCUGGAAUGCUCUGUACAACUACCGAGCCUGUGAUCACUGCCUGCGGGCUCUGGAGACGGCCGAGGAGAACGCCCAGCGCCUGCUGGGGAAGAGCUCCCUGGUGCUGCCUCACCCUGAGCAGUGCAGCAUCCGGAAGGACCUGCACCAGCAGUGUCCCCGCUGCCAGGUGACGUACUGCAGUGCAGAAUGCAGGCAGGCAGCUCUGGAGCAGUACCACCAGGUCCUCUGCCUCGGCCCGUCCCGGGACGACCCCACGCACCCCCUCAACAAGCUGCAGGAGGCGUGGAGAAACAUGCAUUACCCCCCAGAGACCUCCAGCAUCAUGCUGAUGGCCAGGAUGGUCGCCACCAUCAAGCAGGCUAAAGACAAGGAGUGGUGGAUCAAGGCCUUCUCCCAGUUCUGCAACAAGACGGCAAAUGAAGAGGAGGAGAUUGUGCACAAGCUGCUGGGGGACAAAUUUAAGGGCCAGCUGGAGCUGCUGCGCCUGCUCUUCACCGAAGCCCUUUAUGAUGAAUAUCUCAGCAGGUGGUUCACUCCAGAAGGCUUUCGAUCCCUCUUUGCCCUCGUCGGGACCAACGGCCAAGGCAUAGGAACCAGCUCCCUGAGCCAGUGGGUGCACGCGGGCGACGCGCUGGAGCUGCCCGUGCUGCAGCGGGAGGAGCUGGACGCCUUCAUCGACCAGCUCUACAAGGACAUUGAGAAGGAGUCGGGAGAGUUCCUCAACUGCGAGGGAUCGGGGCUCUACGUGCUGCAGAGCUGCUGUAACCACAGCUGCAUCCCCAAUGCUGAGACAUCCUUCCCAGAAAACAACUUCCUCCUGCAUCUCACUGCUCUGGAGGACAUCGAAGCCGGAGAGGAGAUCUGCAUCAGUUACUUAGACUGCUGUCAGAGGGAGCGGAGCAGACACAGCCGCAACAAGAUACUCAGGGAGAACUACUUGUUCACCUGCUCGUGUCCCAAGUGCCUCGCGCAAGCCGACGACGCCGACGUGACGUCGGACGAAGAGGAGGAGGGUGAAGGAGAGACGGACGAUGCCGAGCUGGAGGAUGAGAUGACUGAUGUGUGAUCCUGGCCCCGGGCCGGAGGAGAGGGAAGAAGGGAUGGG